AUGGAGCGUGUGAUCGGUCUUAUUGAUAUGGAUUGCUUCUAUGCUCAAGUGGAACAACGUGAGCGUCCAGAGUUAUGGGACACUCCUGUGGCUGUGGUUCAACACGCAAGAGAAGGUUCGCCAGGAGGAAUCAUAGCUGUGAGUUACGAAGCACGAAAGUUUGGUGUGAAGCGAGGGAUGAUGAUUCCAGAAGCGAAAACGAAAUGCCCUGAACUCAACGUAUGUUUUGUCCCACAAGGAGAACACAUAGACAAGGCAGACAUACAGAAGUACAGGGAUGCAAGCGCGGAAGUAUUCGACGUACUAAAUGCCUUUGACCAGCGAAUCAUUGUGGAACGUGCUUCGGUUGAUGAAGCAUUUUUGGAUCUAACUGAAUUGGUCGACAAAAAAAUACUAGAAACUGGUGCGUUACAACUCUUACAAAAUAUCACCAGCGAUUUAUCCCUCACUCUUCCCGCUACUCAUCUGGCAGAUGGAAACGACAAGAACAGCGAAGGCGCGUAUGACCGUGAAGCAAAUCUUCGCAGAUGGCUCGAUGUUCGGUGCGCAACAGAAAUCAGUCAUCUACGUCUUGCCAUCGCGGCUCAAACCAUCGAACAGAUGCGCGCAAAGAUUCGCGAGCGUACUAAAUUCUUCUGCUCUGGAGGAGUUGGCAACAACAAGAUGUUGGCCAAGUUGGUUUGUGCACGCCAUAAACCCCGCCAACAAACUGUUAUACCCUUUGACUAUGUGCCAGUCAUUUUUGAAGGUACUCCAGUAGGUGACGUACGAAUGCUGGGAGGAAAACUUGGCCAUAAAAUACAGGAUAGAUUGGCUGUUGGGACAAUGGGUGAUCUGGCUACUAUUCCUUACGAAAUGCUCGAACUACACUUUGGAGGGCACGCACAAUGGAUUAGUCAGUUGGCGAAAGGACAUGACGAUGAACCUGUGAAACCGCGCAACAACCAACUAUCCAUAGCAGUUAGUAAGAACUUUCCUGGGAAAAACGCGUUGACUACCGUGGCUGAGGUUCGGAGGUGGAUCGAAGGACUAUCGAAAGAGUUAUCCAAGAGGCUUGUUGCAGAUCAAAUUAAGAACAAACGAACGGCGGAAAACGUAAUUUUUGGCAUCCUUGGAGAAACGCACACUUCGAAAACGCUCAAAAUUGGGUCAUAUAGCCCACAAGCCAUAGUAGAAGUGAUAUGGAGUGCAGCAAAGACUUUUAACAAAGCACCUUCGGGGAGCGAUCAAUGGACUCCGCCCGUAUUUAAUUUGUCCAUGAGCGCGUCUCGCUUCAUUGGAGGUAUGAGCGUACAGUCACAAAAUAUCAAGGAAUGGAUGGAAAAGCGGUCACAACUACGCGAUAGUAAUGCAGAACGGUUGCAGCCAUCAUCACUUCUACCGCCAAAAUCAGAAGUUUUCGUCAACGAACUAUCAUCUCGGACACAAGUGAUAGACGUUAUGGAAGGGCCUAGUACUUCUGAAGGCGUUAAAUCUGCGGGAAGCUCUCCGCAAAAGACUUCGUUAAAGGAAGCAGGAGAUUUUGAAGUUGCUGAGGUUGAAUUAGAUGAUGACGGGUGGCAGGUUUAUGAUCCAUCUCAGUUUGAAUUUGGGACUACAUCAAACGCGAUUCCGGCGCUAGAGUCGAGUGACGUCGGAGAGAUCUCUUCAGCUGUUUUCGAGGAAUUGCCUGCAAAUAUUAAGGCGGAGUUGGCUCAUUUCCACAAGUUAAAUCAAGCGCGGAAAUUGAAAGCCGCCGCUAUCGAGAGGGAGAAACCUUCUCGCAGAAAAGGUAUUCGUAAAGCUGUUACGGAGUCACCACCCGCAAAAAGAAGAUUGGAAGCUUUUUUCAAAAAGGAUAGUCCAUAG